ACCACCGCAAGAGCUCACGCGCAAAAAAAAGAAGGGGAAGGGAAAGAUGGUUGAACCCGAAACCGCGCAAAAACCGAGAGCAAAGGGGAGGCAAUGGACGAAAGUAGAAGAGGAGGCGCUAGCUAUGGCGUAUGCUAAGGCCUCUACUUGCCCGAUAGUCGGAAACAACCAAUCGGGUAGUAGUUUUUGGAAGAAGAAAACGGAUAGGUUUAACGCGAUUAUGGAGCAUGGGGAGGCUCGUGAUGUCGAAUCCGUCUCGGGCAAGUGGCGAAAAAUGAUCAAGGUCGUCAACGCCUUUAAUCAAAUUUAUAACCAAAUUUACCUUUCUCCUCCAAGCGGGAGUAACGAGCAAGAUAUUCUUAACCUUGCUAUCGCCAAGUGGGACUCCUAAAAUUCAACGCCUUUCCCGCACUUCCGAGCAUGGAACGUUAUAAGGAAAGAACAAAAAUGGAAGCCGGUUCCAAAUGAGGUCGCAACGGCCAAACGCACUAAAACUUCCGAGUCCGGAAGCUAUAGUGCGGGAGGCUCCACCACUCGAUGUCAAAUCGACAUAAACGACGACCUGGAAGAUGACGAGGAUGUGUUGCCCGUUCACGAGUCGGAACGUCCCCCCGGGAGGGACAAAGCAAAAAAAGAAGCGGCCGGAAAGCGAAAAGUGUCCGGCUCGAGUGGAGGUGGCGGCUCGAGUGGAGGUAGGGGCGAGAAGGCAUCGUCAAAAAUGGACGACUUGAUAAACGAAUUCCGUUCGUUCAAAGAGUUCGCGACCGAAAAGUAUACUCACAAGAAAACCGUGUCGUCCGACUAUGCUCGAGCGGAAGAUUUUAGGAUUAUGCGGUUGGAUCUCGACUCGGUUCCGGAGGAUGAACGCGAGGUUUAUCGGAGGAUGAAGGAAGAGGUGAAAAAAAAAUGGACGUCGUAGGUUUUAGGAAACGUAAUUUUUUUUAUUUUUUAUUUUCGGUUUCUUUUUUUUU